GCUAAUAUGGCAUUUGUUCAGUUUUCAAAAUUAUUAGCUACAGGUCAUAACAGAUCAGAUGGACUGUGGAUCUUGAAUGCAACUCUGAUGGGAUUUUUGGCAUGCCUUUUCUCCGAAUUCUUUGGGGUUUUGCACUACAGCAAUAAAAAAAACAAGUUUAUGAGAUGAGUGUGGAUUUGUGCUCAAAGAUGGCGAGGGUACACACCUUGACAUACAAGCCAUGCCUUUCUCCUAGAAACCCCCUUUCCCAAAUAUUGCCAGGGAAUUUUUUUCGGGGGUUCUCCAGUGUUUAUAGUCGGUGAAAAGAAGAUAAAGUCAGACCGGUUGUCUCUUUAAAUCAAGCUGCAGUGUUGAUGUGCCCUCAAGCUGAAAUGAACUCAGUGGCAGUCGCCUCAAUCCAUUUACCGCUGGCUGGUACGCCUAUAUCCUCCUCUGCGUUGCAAUCUGUUGAUAACUCCACUUGCAAGCUGCAGUUUAUUGUGUUUCGCAAUGGGAAACUCUUUCCUUGCACGGGGAAUUCGUCAAAUCUCGCAGAUGAUGGGAAGCGUAGGAGCGUUUCAACACCAGUUGCUUUCACCAAAUUAGAUGGGUGCAGCCUCGGGAGCGCCGUGCACUCCGUUACUAUCGCUCUCAGGCACUUCGCACUGGGUGUAGACCCCACUGCAGCCUAUUGGGAUUUUGACCUGCUGGAUGGACACGGUGGCUGGAGGGCAGAGGGCUGUCACAUAACAGGCUCCGGGGGCAACACGACCACUGUUCAUUGCACCCAUCAUAAUAACUUUGCUGUGCUAAUGGAUCUGAAGAAGGUGCUGUCUUUCCCCCCAUACCCUGGGGAGUUUCUGCACCCGGUCGUGUAUGCCUGCACAGCGGUCAUGUUGCUCUGCCUCUUCGCCUCCAUCAUUACGUACAUAGUGCACCACAGCGCAAUCCGCAUCAGUCGGAAGGGAUGGCAUAUGCUUCUCAACUUCUGUUUCCACACGGCUCUGACCUUUGCUGUGUUUGCCGGUGGCAUCAAUCGAAUCAAAUACCCCAUCAUCUGUCAAGCAGUCGGGGUCGUGCUGCACUACUCGUCUCUGUCGACCAUGCUGUGGCUCGGAGUGACGGCCAGGAACAUUUAUAAACAGGUGACCAAGAAGCCUCCUCAGAGCCAAGAUGGUGACCCGCCUCGAACCCCUAAACAGCCCCUGUUGAGAUUUUAUUUAGUCAGUGGUGGAGUGCCCCUCAUCAUCUGCGGGGUCACAGCAGCCGUCAAUAUCGACAACUAUGGCAGCAAGGAGCAAGCGCCGUACUGCUGGAUGGCAUGGGAGCCUAGCCUUGGAGCCUUCUUUGGCCCUGUGGCCUUCAUCGUCCUGGUGACAUGCAUCUACUUCCUCUGUACCUUCAUCCAGCUGCGGCGACACCCUGAAAAGAAGUAUGAGCUCAAGCAGCUGACGGAGGAGCAGCAGAGACUAGCUGCCGUUGACGUGCCGACCCACUGCCACCAGGGAGCCGAGCCUGGGGCCCUGGCAGCCCCACCCAGUGGGAGCCACUGCCCUGCUGGCUGCCCAGGCGUCCCCAUCAACCCUGCGCUGUUGGCCAAUGAGCACUCCUUCAAGGCUCAGUUACGAACGGCGGCCUUCACCCUUUUCCUGUUCCUGGCCACUUGGACUUUUGGGGCGCUGGCCGUGUCACAGGGCCACUUCCUGGACAUGAUCUUUAGCUGCCUUUACGGUGCCUUCUCUGUCACCCUUGGCCUCUUCAUCCUCAUCCAUCAUUGUGCCAAGCGUGAUGAUGUCUGGCAUUGCUGGUGUUCCUGUUGUCCCGGACGACACGCCAAUGCCUGCUCUGGCGCCCAUGGUCCAACUCAAGUGCGGCCAAAGGUCAACGUGAAUGGAGAUACCCCCGGGCAUGGCCACAGCCACUGCCAUCAUGAUUCACCAUGUCAGGGUAAAGCACUGAUGAGCUGCGGUCAUAGCAGUUUAGCUCACUGUAAACACGCCGCCCUUCCGUCCUCGCAAAAUCACGUGACCUGCCUGGCACCGGUGACGCCAUGCUGCGCCGCCCUGCAUAGCCAGCAGCUAAUGGAAGAGGAGCCUGCAGCUACACACGUGCUAUUACAUGCUGACCCAGAGGGUUACCGGCCGGGUAUCCAGUUGCACCCCUGCCUAAAGAGCAGCACCAGGACUAAAGGCCGUCACUUUAGCCGCCGGGCUGGGGCCGGUGCUUGCGGAGCAGGGAGUGAGAGGGAGUACGCCUAUCACAUCCCCUCCAGUGUGGAUGGAGGCAGCGUGCACAGCUCACACACUGACAGCCCCCACAGCACACAUGAGCGUCACGCCCACAUCUGUCCACAUCUGGCCCACGAAGGCCACCAUGAUGGGCAUCACACAUGCCACGCCGCUGCAGCCACCACGCACGAGGCCCUGGCAUGCCAUAAUCCCUGCCACAGGCAUAUCUGCUGUGCUAAGGCAGACCUUUUCCCUUCUCUGUGCGCAGCAGAGACAGGCGACACGGGCGUCUUCCUGUGUGGCUGCGGCAAAGUGGCCGAGCAGGACCCGACGGCAACACCUCAUCAUCUGGAGAUGCACGCCCCACGCAGACAAUCCUACCCCCAGAACCCGCCCAAUCAGAAUGGGAUUCUGAAGGGGGGGCUGCAUGAAGGACUCCUGUACACCUCGGACAGCACAGGGAAUAUACGCACUGGACCCUGGAAGAAUGAAACUACUGUGUAGUGUGGGAUGGAAAAACAGGGGUAUGCCUCGUCCCACCAAAAAUAAACCCUCGCCUCCCUUUCUAGAAUAAAAAUAAUUAAUUGAACUACAUUUUAAACAUCACAAUCAGCGUGGGAUAUUUUUAUUUUAAUGUCCUCAUGUUUUUAUGUGUGCUGUUUUACUGUACAGUAAUCUGAUAUCAUGUAAAUGCUCCCUGAAGAGCAUCCAUACACAGAACAGAAUCUCUUCCACCAAGAAGAAUUUGUGAAAUGUGUGUCACAUCACCAUCAGAUGUAAUUGAAGGUAUUUCCACUGUUCCAUAUUACUACAGAUCUCUCUCUCUAUAUAUAGAUAUAUAUACAAGAAAAUGAAUGGUUGUAUGUAUGAAUAUGUGUGUUAGUGCUCAAAGGCAACACGCUGCAAGAUUUUUUUACACUUUAAAUCUGAAUCCAUCAGAUAGUCUAUGAUGACAGCGAACCUCCAGUACUUUAAAGAACUCUUGGCAUCCAUGUUUUAGAUGACUAAACCAGCAAUUUUAGACUUCAUGGGUAUUUUUGCCAUUCAGUCAAGCAACUGUGAAUAUCUACUAGAGAUUUUCUAAAUAAUAUACAAUGAUACUGUCGCUUGCCAGAGAUGUGUGGAUGCCAGUUAACUUGUGAAGAUUCAAAACAACAGAAAAAGAAAAGUGAAAUUAAGCAUCCUCGUCCAGGUUGGUAUUGAUUGUGCUGUCUGUAUCAUGUCUUCACUGAUGUGUUUCUUUUUUCUGGAGAGAAGUAAAUAACGGCAGGAUCAACAGCAACAAUGUGGCCAUUGUGAAUGGAGAGUUGGUGUCACAGAGUGAUUGGAUCCAGAGCAAUUUUUCGUAACACUGUGCCGAAUAGAAAGGGGUGUAGGACUAGGGGGACAAAGGGGACUGAGCAUGCAGGGCCUUCACGUGAGGAGGGCCCAAAAAGAUACUCGAAUCAAUAGCCUUGGGGAGGGGCCCACAGAGAUGUAAAGGGUCCAGAGUUUGUGCUAUGCCCCUGCACAUAGAGCCAGGUCCUGACAGCGAGUUCAAUUGCCAAACUAGUGUGCAGGUUUUUUACUCUCUUCAGCUCAGCUCACACAUGCUAUCAGCCAUCAGCAUAUGAUCCUUUGUCAAAUCAAAUAAUUUAGGGAAAAAGAAUGUGAAUGUGAUUAUAGAAGAAACAACAAGCUGCUUUGGGAAACCCAGCUGUGCCCAAUGUCCUAUUAUUUUCCCUCUAAAUAAAAACUACUAAAACAUUUUAGCCAACUUCACCCACUGUUAGCUAAAGCGCCAAAAUGACAGAUGACAGGAAUUAGUGAAAAUGCUAUCCGUUCAUAUUUUCACUUAUUUCUAAGACCCAACGCAUGCCUAUCCUGUAUCCUGUGUAGCUAAGUGCAAUUUCUUUUAACAGUGUAAAUGAACGCCCAUCCAUAAAGACAGUAUUUGCCUCGAUUCAAUAUGACUGCUGCAGCUUUUAUGUAUCAUUUUUGUCACACUCUUGGAUUAAGCCUAGUUACCAGCAAAUACUUUAUUAUUUCCCACUAGUGAUCUCAAUAUAACAAGACUUUAGUUUUAUCCUAGAAUCCAGUACAGUUGGUUCUGCUUUGGGAGAUAACGUGUGUCAGGAUAGGCCAAGGUUGAAGUAUGGAUUGUUUUCUUUUUUUUUGUUACGAUGAAGGUCACAUUCUCUUUGAAGAAUUGCCACCCAAAAUGGAAGGCAAAAGAGGCUCUGUAUUGAUUUAGAAGCACUUGUUUCCUCCUCUAGACAAAACCAGUCAUACAUUUCGUCAGAAAAGCCAAACUUAAAAAAAGGUACACCCAAGCAGCGCAUAUAAUCUCACAACAAAUCCUGCGAAACCACCUCAGCAUGCAUACCAUCUCUUUAUCCAUCUUGUGCACUCUUGUAUGUGUAUAUAGAAUCAGUUUCUGAUGAAUUAUUUUAUAUGAGAUUUAAGAUAUUUAAGAAUAAAACAAGUCUAUAUGUAAAGAAAGUUGUAUGGAAAAAAACUGACCUCUCAAUGUUAAUACUCAGUAUCUGAGUUUAGAAAUUUCAUUUUUGUUUUCAAAUGCCUUUUUCUGUUGCAACUUUAGUUGACUUCAUAAAGUAUGCAGACUCGCCAUGUGUUGUGAGACUUAUCCUGUCAUAUCAAAAAUAGAAAUGCACUACCCAUAGUAACAUUUGGCCUGCCAGAAUACAAUGUGUCACUUACAGUGUGUUUAUUAUAGAAAUGUUUGUUCAGACAGAAAAAUUUGAAUUAAAAAGUGACAUCUGCAGAAAAUAAAAGAGAAAUAUUAAUGUGAUACUCCCUUUAUUUGGGAAGGCCCUGGUAGACAUCCAUGAUCAUGCAUGAUCCUGAUAGCUUUGCACAGGCCCACUGGAUUUACUCACAGGGCCUGGGACAAAAUGGCAUAUAAUGGGCCCAAUUUAUGAGUUAUAAUACAGUGGCCUACAACUGAUCACAUAAUACAGGCUCCUUUGAGCCAUCUAAGAUGCUGGCAGUCAGUGGCCCUGGCUUUACAGUUAUUGGAAAGGGAUUUGUAACAGUAUCACAACAAAACAUUUGAAAUCAGCCUCUCCUGCUAAACCCACCUUAAACUGAGAUAACAUUGAUCUAGGUUAAUUGCUGUACAAUAUGUGUAUUUGCUGGUGGUGUGUCUUAGGAGCAGCCUGAGCUUUUCAGUGUCUGUGAGACGAUGUGUUUGGUAUGACAGGCCACCGUAGGCCAACUUCUCUGUUGUCAUCAGUAGCAGAUGUACUGCCUUCAACGAGCUUGCUGACUUAGUUUUGGCUCACCAGACGGCUGCUGGAAUAUUCACCUGUGGUACUGUGACAAAACCUAAAGCCAGUUUUCACUUUUUUCUACAUUGACACAGAUUCCAAUAAAUGUAUUUUUUCACCAUGCAA